AUGGGUGAAACUGAAGCUGAUAUUAAUAUAUUUGGGAGGAGCAGGGGAAAUUCAAGCUUGAACACAGUGAUAAGAGAUAAGCCAGUGUUCAAUCCAAAUGACCUAUACUACGACAUGAGUGGAAAGAAGUACUUGCAUAUCUUCAAUCAUUACGAGUAUCAGAAAACGCGAUAUUUUAAGAACAAAAAACCGAGCACCCGAGAAGGUACCCAGAACGAUGUGUCUCGAUUGACGGAGGUUUUUGAAAAUUUGGGUUUCGAAGUGACUCCUUAUGAUGACAAGGAAUAUCAACAAAUCAUUGAUAUAAUUACAGAAAUAACCAUUAAAGACAACAGAGAUACUUCAUGCCUCUUCUUCGCGUUUCUGACUCACGGAAACAUAGGAGGCGAUCUGUAUGCAGCAGACCAACCCUACCAGUUCAAAGAUGUGCUGGGUUUACUGGAACAUGGACACGAAUCCCUGGUGGCUAAGCCCAAAGUCAUUUUCGUACAGGCAUGCAGAGGAAACCAAAUGGACGACGGGAAGAAAAUUGAGCUGGAUGGUCCCUGUGCUUCGUAUCUUAUUCCAACGCACGCUGACUUCCUAAUUUUGUAUUCAACUGUUGAAGACCACCGGUCUUAUAGAGACACAAACGGCUCGUUCAUGAUCCAAGACUUAUGCGAGGUUAUCCACACGUAUCACAAAAGCUGGGACCUGCUUCAACUUCUGACUCUCGUCCACAGGAGUGUGGCAUACAAGCGCAGCACAUAUACUCCGCGUGUGAUGUCAAGACACAACAAGAAACAAAUGCCCGAGACUAAAUACACGCUCACAAAAUUUCUAAGACUUUAA